CACCCACCGGUAGGCGAUAACCCUCUAGCGCGGGCUCAACGUCUCGAUCGAACCGAUCGCGGGAAUUCGCAGCCAAACCCUAUCGGCGAGAAACGCCGGAGAAGAAGACGACGAGGGAAGGAAGGAGAAUCGAAGAUGUCGGGCAUGGGAGACGGGUACGUGGGCACGGCCCAGGAUGCCGUCAGGAUCCGCCGUCUCGAGAAGCAGAGAGAAGCCGAGCGCCGCAAAAUCCAGGAGCUCAAGACGAAGUCCGCCUCCGACAAGGGCCAGCCCGGCCUCCUCCAAUUCGGCUCCGGUACUUCCGAGAUUCUCGAGACCGCGUUCAAGAAGGAGACUAUUGGGUUGGUCACAAGAGAGCAGUACGUCGAGAAGAGGGUGAAUAUUCGCAACAAAUUCGAAGAGGAAGAGAAGGAGAAACUUCAGAAGCUACAACAAGAGGAGGAGGAACUUCAGUUGCAAAAACGUAAAAAGAGGAAAAUUAAGGGAAGUUCUCGAUUGUCCUUCACAGAUGAUAUUGAGAAUGGAAGUGAAGAAGAUGAUGGGGACAUUGAAACACAAGAAACAAAGAGGUUGGGUCACGGUAAAUUUGGCAAAGACCCCACAGUUGAAACUAGCUUCCUUCCCGACAGCGAGCGGGAGGCAGAGGAACAAGCUGAACGAGAGAGAUUGCGGAAACAGUGGCUCCGUGAGCAGGAGCAGAUUCGAAAUGAACCCCUUGAAAUUACUUACAGUUACUGGGAUGGAACAGGACAUAGGCGAGUGAUCCAGGUUAGAAAGGGUGAUAAAAUUGGGGAGUUUCUUCGUGCUGUUCAGCAGCAACUUGCCCCUGAAUUUAGAGAAAUUCGGACGACUUCAGUGGAAAAUUUGCUUUACGUGAAAGAAGAUCUAAUCAUUCCACAUCAACACAGUUUCUAUGAGCUGAUAGUGAAUAGGGCAAGGGGCAAAAGUGGACCGCUAUUUCACUUUGAUGUGCAUGAAGAUGUGCGUACCAUUGCUGAUGCAACAAUAGAGAAGGAUGAGUCCCACGCUGGGAAAGUCGUGGAGAGACACUGGUAUGAAAAGAACAAGCAUAUUUUUCCUGCUUCAAGAUGGGAGAUAUAUGAUCCAACAAAAAAAUGGGAACGGUAUACAAUUCAUGGUGAUUGAUGUGAUGAAGGUGGAUAGAUGUUGGGGCAUCAAAUUUGUUUGGCAAGCAAUCUUGAACUUCUUGUUAGAUUAUUUAGCUCAAUAUCGGGCAACUAUAGAUUGAUAUCGGGCUGAGUUUGAGUCAAAUGUUUUAGAUGGGGUGCCAGUAAUACGUCACUUGCGAACUCCUUCCAUUCUAGUCACUGGAAUUCCUGAGUUCAUGUUUGAGCUACCUAGUCCGCCACUUUGGCAGUUCGUCUUGUGUACGUCUGUUUAACAUGGUUGUCGAAAAUGGCAGAAACACCACGCUCACUUUGCGACAGUUUUGUUUCCCUUAAUGUGGCAAGCUUGCCGCUUCUCA